AACAGAGGAGGAGGAGGAGGAGGAAGAGGAGAGAGAGAAAAGAAUGCAAAUUUCUCCCUCUCUCUCUCUUCUCUCUCUUUCGAAUAUCCUCCGACACAAGCUUCCUCCAUAGCCAACAAGCUUCGAAUUCGCAAACCAACGUCGCUCAAAAGGUCGAGAAGCGCGAACCCUAGCGGCCUCGUCGCGCGCAACAAUGCGUGUCCUUCUCUCCAAAGAAUCCCUCCGAUCCGUAUAAAAAUCCCCCUCUUCCCGAACCUCACAUGGGUUGAUCGUGACGACGCUCGCGAGCGACCCGAUCGUCCCAAGUCCGUCGCCGGAUUUCGGAGUCGCUUUGGGAGCUUCUCUUUUUGUCGUCUCGGGUUCCGUCAUGUCUCGCAGCGAGAUCAUGGUCAGGGUUUACGACGACGACGACGAUUGGGACGGCGACAAUGCCGACGGCUCCCUCCGGGGGAGGAUGGUGUGCAAGCGCCGCUCGUCCGUAUCGUUGCCUUUCUCGCCGCUGACGGUGGUCGGCGGGAUCUCCAGGAAGAGCUUCUCGUACAGUCAGCUCCCUCAGGAGCCUCUCAAGCUCUCUGUCCUCAAAUUGGACGGCUCUCGCUUCGAUAUCGAAGUCAUGAAAAUGGCGACGGUGUUGGAGCUCAAGGAGGCAGUGGAACAUGUUUUCAGUUUCAUGCCGAAGAAGGGACCGGGCAAGAUAUCAUGGCGGCAUGUGUGGGGGCAAUUUUGCUUAUGCUACGAUGGUCAGAAGCUAGUUACAGAGACUGAUUAUAUAAUUGACUACGGCAUUAAGGAUGGUGAUGAGCUUCAUUUCAUCCGGCAUGUCUCAAGUUUCCCAAGCUUAACUAAGAAGAAAUCUAGUGUCUGGCUUGCUGCUCCCAGAAAAUCCAGGAGAUCCUUUUCGAGAUCAAACAGCUCCGAAAAGGGAGAAGAAACCGAAGAAGGAGAUAUCGAGAACGGGAAUCUCCCGCGUGACCAAAGAGGAGAGGAUUUCAGCGAGGACAUUAAUUCCCCAUCGGCAAAUUUCCUGCAGGGGUGGUUCCCCUAUUCUAGAUUGGCCAUGAUAGAAGAUAGAAGCAGCGUAGGCAAGGUCACUCGCUCAAAGUGUGUCGACGCCUUUUGGAACAGAGUAAGGGCGUUACUGGUGUUCUGUGCUAGGACACCAUAUAGUCGGAAGGAUCUAUGGAGAGAUUGAAGAACU